CCUUGUUUUGUGGGGUACCCUGAGCUGGGGUGGACCAUAUAGACGAAGAUUUAUCCAUUAAGUUGCAGGGUAGUGUGCCUUGUAUGAAGCUAUUUGCUAGUUUCAGUGUUUGUUUCUAAAUAAAUUUGAACACACUUUCUCCAUCUAUAAGAGUGGUGCACAAAACUGAGAGCAUAGAUCUAAAACUUUUGACACAAAAGGAACCUUCAAUAGUUUAUAUCAGUCUCAAAUUGGAAUUUCAAUUUCCAGAAGAAGGAAAGAAGAUGGUGGUUGAAGAGGGUGAGAUGAAUUCCCAAGGUGAGGUGGAAUCAAGAUUCCAGCAAGAUGCCAACAAGAACCACCACCAUUCUCAGUUCCCACCAUCAUCCAUUGGAACACAACCAUCCAUAUAUUCUCUUACACUCGACGAGUUCCAGCACAGUCUAUGCGAGACCGGCAAAAACUUCGGUUCCAUGAACAUGGACGAGUUUAUCAGCAGCAUCUGGAACGCAGAAGAGAAUCAAGCCAUAAUAACCUCUUCCAACGUCCCUCUCUCCCAACCCUUCACCGACAAAGAACCGACAACUCUAAGGAAACAACCAAGCCUACCUCGCCAACCCUCACUCUCUCUCCCUGCACCUCUAUGCAGGAAAACCGUGGAUGAAGUUUGGUCCCAGAUUCAGAAAGAACAAGACGACACCAACAACAACGGCAAUGUUCUGAAUAAUACCGAGUCUGCCCCUCGCCAGCCCACUUUCGGUGAGAUGACCCUGGAGGAUUUUUUGGUCAAGGCUGGGGUGGUUCGGGAACAACCAUGUGCACCACCACAGUUGUCUCAUCACUCUCACCACCUCCAUCACCAGCAGCAGCCGCAGCCUCCGCCGCAGCCGCAGCCGCCGCCGCAGCAUUACGCGAGUAACAACGGUGCAAUGCCGGGAAUGGGUUCUUCUUUCGUUGGUAGGAAUGUUAUUGGUGCAGUGAGUAACGUGGUUGCACCGGGUUACCAAGUGGGGGAGGCUUCUGGUGGGUAUGCCGGAAACGGUAAGAGACGGUGGUGGGGGUUUCAUCAGCAAGGUGUGUGCUUUGGAGGGAGUGGGUUUGGGAUGGGCCCCACGAUGGGAAUGGGUGGGCCUGUGAGCCCUGCUAAUUCUUCUGAUGGGAUAGGGAAUGAUUGUGGACAGUUUGGGCUUGAGAUGGGUGGUUUGAGAGGUAGAAAGAGGAUAGGGGAUGGGCCUGUGGAAAAGGUGGUGGAGAGGAGGCAGAGGAGGAUGAUCAAGAAUAGAGAGUCUGCUGCAAGAUCUAGAGCCAGAAAACAGGCAUACACGGUUGAAUUGGAAGCGGAACUAAACCAACUAAAAGAAGAGAACGCCCAACUGAGACAGGCGUUGGCUGAGCUUGAGAGAAGAAGAAAGCAACAGCAGUUUUUGGAAGAAUUAAACAGGAUUAGCGUUCAAAACAACGCUGAGAAAGUAAAAGACAAACUGAGAACUUUGAGAAGGAACAACAGUUAUUCUUAGUGAAGAAACUGCAUGGUAACCAGUGAAGUUUUGUAUGCACCAGAGUUUCUUGUGACUAGUAUGGCUAAAUGAAAACGGAAGUCAGUGACAAGAAACUAAAGAACUACUGAAGUUAUAGGCGGUUGAAGAAGCAGAGAAACAAAAGGGCGAGGAAGCUGCAAGAGUCCUCAAAUUAAGAUCAAAGAAGAAUGGGAUGACUCUUCUUAUCAAAUCAUCACUAGUUAAUUUCUCAGACGUGCAAUAUAUAUAGUUUUUGUAAUAUUGAUGUCAUUUUCAUCGUUGACUUGUGUGUGUACGUUCUCGUUUACGCCUAUCACACCCUUGCUUUUUAGUUUA